CCGCCCCGCGCGUUUAUUUAUUCCCUCCCGCUCCUCACCUCUAGCCGCCGGCCUCCUCAGUCCACCACCUCCCUCGCCUCCAGAGCUCACGCUCCGGCCUCCUUCUCUCCCUCCCUUCCUCCCACCACACCACACCACAGGCAAGGUGUUAAGUUUCAGCUAGCUCGUCGCAGACUCGAUCGCAGCGUGCAAUGGCGACGCACGCGGACGUGGAGAAGGGCGGGGCGAGGAAGGAGGCCGGCAAGGUGCCAUCGCCGCUGUACCCGCAGCACGAGGGGGAGCGGGAGUGGGUUCCUUGGAUCGUGCCGGUCUUCUUCGUCGCCAACAUCACCGUCUUCGUGGUCACCAUGUACGCCAACAACUGCCCCGCCCACACCCCGGCCCGCGACGGCAAGUGCAUCGCGCGCUUCCUCGCCCGCUUCUCGUUCCAGCCGCUGCGCCAGAACCCGCUCCUCGGCCCCUCAUCAGCGACGCUCCAGAAGAUGGGGGCUCUUGUGUGGGCCAAGGUCGUGCACGAGCACCAGGGCUGGCGCCUCAUUUCGAGCAUCUGGCUGCACGCCGGUGUUCUGCACCUGGUGGCCAACAUGCUCAGCCUCCUGUUCGUUGGCGUGCGCCUUGAGCAGCAGUUCGGAUACAUGAGAAUCGGUGCAAUUUACCUCCUCUCCGGGCUCGGGGGCAGUGUCCUCUCCUGUUUGUUCAUCAGAAACAGCAUCUCCGUUGGCGCCUCUGGUGCUCUCUUUGGACUCCUCGGAGCCAUGCUCUCAGAGCUCCUCACUAACUGGACCAUCUACACAAACAAGGUCGCUGCUGUGAUGACCCUCCUGUUCGUCAUCGCGGUGAACCUGGUGCUCGGUAUCCUCCCACACGUGAACAACUUCGCGCACAUCGGCGGGUUCCUGACGGGCUUCCUGCUCGGGCUCGUGCUGCUGAUGCGCCCGCACUUCGGAUGGAUGGAGCGCUACAGCAUGCCUGCCGGCAGCUCCUGCACCUCCAGCAAGUACCUCGUCUACCAGUGGAUCUUGCUGGCCGUCGCGCUGAUCCUUGUCAUCAUCGGAUUCGCGGUUGGCAUGGCGAUGCUCUUCCGCGGCGCCAACGCCAACGACAGCUGCCACUGGUGCCACUAUCUCAGCUGCGUGCCUACAUCAAGAUGGACCUGCACCAACUGAGCAACAUGACACGAGAGAAAUUUCUACCCAUUUGGGAGUGUAUAUCCAGCGUUAUGCAUACAUAUAUCUUCCUCCCGUUUAUUGUAGAUAGCUUAAAGAAGGCGGUCUUGAUCGAUUGUGAACUGAAGAGGCUCGUUGGGAGCUUAUCUCUUGUUCAUUUGAUUCAUUCUUUACGUACUGCAGUUAUUGAGGUUUGGAA